AUGACAGACAUUGAAGCACUGGUUACCUGCUCAAGAAAGACUUGUUCAGAAGAUAUCAAACAACAAGAGAAAUUGGAGUUCAGUGAGGAUAUCACUAAAGAGGAGGCAACCCUUCAAGACUUCUCAAAACUCAACUCACAAGAACUGGAGUCUAAGUCUCCUUGUCAGGUUGAGAAAUCCCUGUUAGAGUCUCCAGCUGAAGCCACUCAAGUUGAGGACCAGCAAGAUACCCUCAAGGAGAUGAUUUCUGAAGUCACCCCUUUUGAGAUGUCUCCAAACCCUUCUCUUACGGUACUGACACCAAACACAAGGAAGAAGGAAGAGGACAAGGUGUGGAAUAAAGAGAAGCUGUUUGAUGAUAUCAUCUCCUUGACCUUCCCUGUUCCUGAGUUAGAGGAGGCUCCAAGCUCCAGACAGUUGCACCUAGACACAGCAGAAGAAUUAAAUCUCCAGUAUGAUGACUGUGGCAGUGAUUUGGAGCUGUCUCUGCCCUGGGAUCCCCUUGUCUACUCCUCCAGGGUCAUGGCAACAACUGUCCUACAUGAGAAGAUUCUGUCCAGCCAAGAGACAACAGCAAAGAUUGUCACAGGAAAUGUACAGGAAAGGUUUGACAAGUACACACCAGAGGAACUGAACUGUGAGUAG